UGUCACCCGGCGACAUAAAAAUGGCGGAGUCGAAGGAGGAGGUUGACGUUUUGGUGCAGAGAGUUGUCAAAGACAUCAGCAGCGCUUUUAAAAGACAUCCUAACAUUGAUGAAAUUGGCCUCAUCCAGUGUCCGGAGGCGCGCUACAACCGCAGCCCCAUCGUGUUGGUGGAGAACAAGCUGGGCGUUGAGAGCUGGUGCGUCAAGUUUCUGCUGCCGUAUGUCCACAACAAGCUGCUGCUCUACCGCCAACGGAAACACUGGCUAGACAGAGAAGCUCUAGUGGAUAUUACUUGCACGCUUUUGCUGCUCAAUCCAGAUUUCACCACAGCCUGGAAUGUCAGAAAAGAGCUGCUGCAGUGUGGUGCUCUCAACCCAGAAAGGGACCUCUACCUGAGCAAGCUGGCUCUCACCAAAUUCCCCAAAAGCCCUGAGACGUGGAUCCACAGGCGCUGGGUGCUUCAGCACAUCCUGCAUCAGAUGUCUGCUGUGGUCCACAAAGCUCAGCAGCAGGUUGAAGCAGAGCCGCCUGAUGCAGAACGGACCCAUCUUUUAAAUAAUCACCUGGACAGGUUAAUCCACCAGGAGAUGAAGGUGUGCUCUGAUGCUGCCUGCCGCUAUCCUAGUAAUUACAACGCCUGGUCCCACCGCAUCUGGGUGCUGCAGCACAUGGCCAAGGGCGACAUAAAGGUUGGAUUAUUAGAUGAAGCCGCAGCUGUAAAGCUGCCACGUUCUUUUCUUAUUGAGGGUUUUAUUGGCCAGGCCUUUAGGGUCAUCCUGGAUGCCCUUUUUAGUUGGAGCAUAACAUGUUUCUAUCGGGUUAUAAAAUAUUUUUUCAGUAAUAAAAUGCAGUUUUACGCCUCCCUUUCUCCCAGGCGCCAUGUCUUCUACUUGUACCACCAGUGGAAGCAGGAUCAGCAUCCCUGCAGCGACGGAAGAGAGAGCGAGUUAAACCUCCUGGGUACCAGCGACCCGGCAGGCAGCCGGCAAACGGGUGCCAGCCUGGAAGACAGCCGUGUGGACAGGCGUAGGCACGUUGGCGUACCGAUGGAGGUGGACGGGGUUUCCUUUCCCGACCAUGACAGCAAGCGUCUCAGGAGAGGAGGCCUUCUGCCCAGCCUCCAAAAUGAACACACCUUUAUCAACAGCACACUGAACAGCAGCUGUAAUCCGGAGCAGAAGAACUUUGCUCUGGUAUACAGGAAGUGGUUGGAUACCGUGGUUAGCGCACAGUCUUAAGCCGCGUAAGAUCUCGGCCCGUACGUUCAACACUAAAGUGGCUUUUAGAUACAAGUAGGAAUAACGUGCUUACCUGUAGAGCUAAUUCAACAUGGAGUUAGUUUCAGACGUAGAGAGCGCACAGCUUUGGACGCGGUUCCUCAGAGGUCCCGUUUGAUCUGAGCCACCGAAACCUGCCUCCGCGGAGCCUGUUGGCGAACAACGCGUCCGUCUUCUUCAUGUGUUUCAAUGCCUUGGCUAACAAUCGUGUUACUCCUCAGACUUCAUACGUGGAAGAAAAUCCGACUUGAAUUUGUCGGCGUAGCAGAAUAAACUCAGACCAGAAUGUUGCAGCUGAAGAACCGGUCUUACUAACUAGUUGUUUGACUUUUAUUGUGCGAAAUUCAAAACUAGCAAACGAGUAGAGGAAUUUAAAUUAAAUGAAAAUGUUCACCGGUUCUGUUUUUUCCACAGUUUUAGUAUGUUUCAUGUUACUGGAACCAGUAUCUUCUGGAAUCUCUGUUCUUCAAGCUGCAUUUUAACCCUUCAGCUCUAAAGAAGAACAUUUAAGACAACAGGGUCGAUGUUUUUGUUUAGUUUUUUUUUACCUUGAAACCUACUGAGCUCAUGUCACAUCCUUUUCCACAUGUAUGAACAAUAUAUCCUCUGAUUGCUUUUUAAUAAUGGUAAACAUAAUGGCAAAGUCAAUAAUUUACAAUAAAAGUUUACCCUCUUGUAGAUUUAGUUCAUGUUUUGGGGUAUUUUUUUGUAAUAAUGCAUUGA